AGGUUCUAGGGCGCGAGGGAAGCGGCUAGCGGGGGCGAGGGGGCGUGCACGUGAAUCGCCUGGCCGGAUCUCUGGCAUGGCCGAGGCCAGGAAGCGGCGGGAGCUGCUUCCCCUCAUUUACUAUCAUCUGUUGCAAGCAGGCUACGUCCGCGCGGCGCGGGAAGUAAAGGAGCAGAGCGGCCAGAAGAGUUUCCUGGCUCAGCCCAUCACCCUUCUGGACAUCUAUACACACUGGCAACAGACCUCAGAGCUUGGCCAGAAGCAGAAGGCAGAGAAUGAUGAGACCCUUCAGGCUAAGAAGUCUCGAGUGUCGGACCCUGUUAGCAGUUCAGAGAGCUCGGAGGAGGAGGAGGAGGAAGAGGAGGCCAAAGCCACCCCAAGACCGACACCUGUCAAUUCUGCAGCCGCAGCUUUGCCAUCAAAAGUAAAAGAAAAGGCCAAGACCAAGACAGCCAGCAAGACGGUGAACUCUGCGCCGAGCCCUGGGUCCGGAAAGACAGUGGUCCACCUGCUCUCCGGGAAGUCAGCCAAGAAGCCAGCGGAGCCCUUGGCAAACACUGUCUUGGCCUCAGAAACUGAGGAGGAGGGCAGUGCACAAGCCCUCGGACCCACUGCCAAGUCUGGAACAGUGUCAGCGGGCCAAGCCAGCAGUUCCAGUGAAGAUACCUCCAUCUCAAGUGAUGAGACAGAUGUCGAGGUGAGAUCCUCAGCAAAACCACCCCAGGCCAAAGCUUUAGCAACCCCUGCCAAGAAUCCUCCAGCAAGAACAGCCCCAGGCCCUACCAAGUUAGGGAAUGUGGUUCCCACACCUGCUAAACCAGCCAGGGCAGCGGCAGCAGCGGGUGCGGCUGCGACUGCGGCUGCGGCUGCAGCGGAGGCGUCUGAGAGCAGUGAGGAGGACUCAGACAGUGAGGACGAGGCCCCUGCUGGUCUGCCCAGCCAGGUAAAGGCCUCUGGAAAAGGUCCCCAUGUCAGAACCGCCUCGGUGACUGCCAAGGGGAUCUCUGGGAAAGGGCCCAUCUCAGCAACCCCAGGGAAGACUGGGCCCAUAGCCACCCAGGCCAAGGCAGGAAGGCCAGAGAAGGACAUGGAAACCAGCAGCGAGGACGAUUCUGACAGUGAGGAUGAGAUGCCAGUUGCUGUGACCACUCCUCAGGCAAGGCCUUCCAGGAAUAGCCCACGGGCCAGAGGUACCUCAGCCCCUGCCAAGGAGUCAUCCCAGAAAGGGGCUCCUGCAGUCACCCCUGGAAAGGCAAAGCCUGUGGCGGCCCAGGCAGGGAAACCAGAAGCCAAGAGCAGCGAGGAGUCAGAAAGUGACAGUGGGGAGACACCAGCCGCUGCGACUCUGACCACGAGUCCUGCCAAGGUGAAACCUUUGGGGAAGAGCUCCCAGGUCAGACCUGUUUCCACUGUCACCCCGGGGUCAUCGAGAAAAGGUGCCAAUCCGCCCUGUCCUGGGAAGGCAGGGUCAGCAGCUCUCAAGGUCCAAGUGGGAAAGAAAGAAGAGGACUCGUGGAGCAGCAGUGAGGAGUCAGACAAUGAUGGGUCUGUGAGCCCAGCCAAGGCAAAGCCCCCAGGGAAAAUGGCCUCCCCUGUACUCCAGAAGGCGGGGCCUGUGGCCACCCAGGUCAAGACUGACGGGGGCAAAGACCACUCAGAGAGCAGCGAGGAGUGGACUGACAGCGAAGAGGAGGCAGCGCCAGCAGCCUCUGCUGCUCAGGCUAAGCCAGCUCUGGGAAAGCAGAUGAAAGCUUCCCUUAGGAAAGGCACAUCUGCAUCUGCUACAGGAGCGAGCACCUCAUCCCAUUGUAAGGCAGGAACGGUGACCUCUUCAGCCAAUCUUUCAUCCCUAGCUCUGGCCAAGGGCACCCAGAAGCCACAUGUGUACUCUUCCAGUGAUUCAGAGUCAGGAGCUGCUCCCAGCACCCCCACGGUACAGGGGAAGUCUGGGGGGAAGGGCCUCCAAGGGAAAGCUGCCUUGGGACAAGGGAUGGCCCCAGUGCACACUCAGAAGACGGGGCCUUCGGUCAAAGCUAUGGCUCAGGAAGACUCAGAGAGCAGCGAGGACUCCAGCAGCGAGGAAGAGGAUGAGACCCCAGCACAGGCCACGCCCUUGGGGAAACUUCCUCAGAUCAAAGCCAACCCUCCUCCCACUAAGACACCUCCAGCUUCUGCAUCUGGAAAAGCAGUGGCUACUCCAACCAAGGGAAAACCACCUGCGAGAACUGUUCCGAACAGCACUGUCUCUGCAAGGGGUCAGCAGUCUGUGCCAGCCGUGGGAAAAACAGGGGCCCCAGCAACCCAAGCCCAGAAGGGGCCAGUGGCUGGCGCAGGGGAGGACUCAGAGAGCAGCAGUGAAGAGGAGUCUGACAGUGAAGAAGAGACGCCACCCCAGAUAAAACCUGCGGGGAAGACCUCUCAGGUCAGAGCUGCCUCAGCUCCUGCCAAGGAGCCUACUAAGAAAGGAGCCCAUCCAGUAACCUCCGGGAAGACGGGAUCUUCAGCUACCCAGGCCCAGACAGGGAAGGCGGAGGACUCGGACAGCAGUAGUGAGGAAUCUGACAGUGACGCAGAGAUGCCGUCAGCCGCCAUCCCAGCCCAGGAUGAUAUCUCCCAGCCUGCCAGAGGCAAAGCGUCAGGUCCAGCGCCCCCAGAGAAGAGCAUAGAAGGGUCCUCUGAGAGCAGUGAUGAGGAUCUGCCCUCCAGCCAGGCAAUUAAAUCCCCUCCAGUUUCUGUCAACCGUAAUCGUGGUCCAGCUGUCCCAACUCCUACCCCAGAAGGAGUCCAGGCUGUGAACACCACAAAGAAGGCCUUGGGCGCCACUGCCCAGAGCUCCUCUGAGAGUGAGGACGAGGACAUGAUUCCUGCCACACAACCCUCUACCCACGCCAUCACAACCAGUGGGAUGACGCCCGCAGCCCUCUCACAAGCAGCCUCCCAACCCAGUAAGAGUGAGCAGUCUAGCCGGACGCCAAAAGGCAAGAAAGCAAAGGCAGCAGCGCCCACUCAGACCAGCAGUGCCAUGGAAACACUCCCCGUGACGCCUCCCCAGAGCGCACCCGUCCAGCCCAAAGCCACCAACAAGCUUGGGAAACCCAAACUUCCUGAAAAGCAGCAGCUCGCCCCAGGCUACCCCAAGGCCCCCGGGAGCUCAGAGGACAGCAGUGACACCUCUUCAGAGGGCGAGGAGGAUGCCAAGAGACCCCAGAUGUCCAAGUCGGCCCACAGGCUGGAUCCAGACCCUUCCCAGAAGGAAACCGUGGUAGAGGAGACCCCUACAGAAUCCAGCGAAGAUGAGAUGGUGGCCCCAUCACAGUCUCUCCUCUCAGGUUACGUGACUCCCAGUUUAACUGUGGCUAAUUCCCAGCCUUCAAAAGCCAAUCCUAGGCCAGACUCCGACCCCUUGGUUUCCUCUGCCCCGGCCACCAAAGAUAACCCGGAUGGCAAGCAGAAGUCAGAAUCCCAACACUCAGCAGGCACCGCGUUCCCUAAAACCGGUAGGAAAGACGCCACCUCAGGCCUCACGCCUCAGAAGCCCAAGAAACCCAAGAAGAACACCUCGAGUUCGCCAGCCCCCGCACAGACACUGCCGAACAGCAUCACCCAGCGCCUCCUGGAGCAGGCCUGGCCCCUGAGUGAGGCACAGGUACAGGCCUCUGUGGUGAAAGUCCUGACAGAGCUGCUGGAGCAGGAACGGCAGAAGGCCACAGAGGCCAUCAAGGAGAGUGGGAAGAAGGGCCAGAAGCGGAAGUUAUCAGGGGACCUAGAAGCUGGGGUCCCAAAGAACAAGAAGAAACAGCAGCAGCCGGUGCCUGGGGCAAGCCCUGUUUUCCCAGAAAAGGUCCCCACAAGUUCCAAGGCAAAAUCAAAGCUAGACAAAGGGAGUGCUGGUGGCAAGGGGAAGGGGUCUCCUGGCCCCCAAGGAGCCAAGGAGAAGCCCGACGGCGAGCUGCUGGGGAUAAAGCUUGAGAGUGGCGAGCAGAGCGACCCGAAGAGCAAGAAGGAAAAGAAGAAAUCCGGCAAGAAAAAAAAAGACAAGGAGAAAAAGGAAAAGAAGAAAGGAAAAAAGACCCCGACCAAAGACCCUGCCUCACCAGUCCAGAAGAAGAAAAAGAAGAAGAAGAAGACGGCCGAGCCUGCCGUGUGAGGCCCAGCACAUCGAGCAGAAUCUUGGCAGAGCGUGACCAUCCCCAGGCCUCUGACCUCUGGCCAGCGUGAAUUGGGCUUGGACUUUUAAACUUGCCCUCCCUCAGCAGAAGACGAUGGCUGGCACAUGCUGGCCAAGCCAGUGAACCCCCAGGGAAGCCGCGGUGCCAGGAGGAAGCGAGGUGGGACACGCGUCCCCUCUGAGUGUGCUGCGUGACAUGUGUACAGUAUAUCUAUUUUUCUAAGCGACUUGCCUCUCUCCCUUCAAAUCCUACGUGCCCAGAGGCCUCGGGACCUCCCUCCACGUUUCUCUGCAGACCCAGCAAGGUCCUGCGUGUGGUUCAUCCCACACCCUGGAUCCCUGGCUCAGCCUGAGGCCUUGCCCCAUCAGUUUUUCCAGCUGUUUUGUUUUUGUUUUUUUAAAGAACUCAGAAUAAAAGACUUUAAAUAUAAAGGGUUGCAUUCCCCG